AUGAGUUUUGAGAGCGCAGACGCGAGCAUGGCGGUGAACAUGACGAGGGACAGCGAGAAUAUGACGUUUCAGAGCGCGGGAUAUCGUUCGGCGCUGCUCGAUUUCUCUAGCGACGACGAGUUUUCGGCGAGCUCGAAACGGCGCAAGUUCAGGAUAGGCGCCCUGCUUCGACCGAUGUUGGCGUUCGCGGCCGGAUUCGCGGUCGUGGCCGUGAUCGCGAUCGAGGUGGCCUCGUCGAGCGGCGCGAAGGAGGGCGACGCCAAGCGCGGCGCGAGGCGAAAGCAGACGUUUCGCGAACUGUUCACCGCCUCCAAGGGCAGCCAGUCGUCGAAGGACGCCGCCGCCGUGUAA